UUUUUUUUUUUUUUUUUUUUUUUUUUUUUUUAAAUUUAUUUUUGUGUUGUUCUUCGUUCUUGCUCUUGGUAUUGCAGAUCUGUCCAUGUGUGGGGCCAUUCAGACAGCUAUUACUUGAGCUGCUUUCGUCCCCACACACUUUGAAGCUCAUUCAUGGCUUCUCUCUAUCUCUAUCUCCCCACCUUCUCAAUUUCUUCACUCACUCAACCACUUUCACUCCUCCAAUCCCAAUUUUGAUGCUUCUUAAACCUUAUUCUCUUCAUUCCCUCUUCCAAUUUCUCUUCCUCCACCUCCCUCCCUGCUUCUUUGGAACCCACACAAUCUAGAAACUCAAAAAAAUGGUUGACAGAUUCUCUCUCAAGCUUCGUUUUGAUGCCGUUCUUCUCCACACGCUACUUCUCCUCCUAUAUUUCCAUGAAACUAGCUGCAUCCCGUCAACAUCUCCAACACGGCAUCUGUCGAAUGAGAAACCAAUGGAUGAUAUGUAUCCCGAGAUCGCUCCAAGUGGGAAUCCAAAGCCAUUCCUUCCUCUCCUUGCCCCUUCUCCAUUGGCACCCUUCACAAAUACCACAGUCCCAAACUUAUCAGGACAAUGUUUGUUGAACUUUUCUGCAACCGAAACUUUGAUGGGUGUGACUGCCAUGGAUUGUUGGGCCCCUUUCGCGAAACAGAUGGCCAAUGUUAUUUGUUGUCCGCAGUUAGAAGCUACUCUUGCAAUCCUUAUUGGUCAGUCGAGUAAAGAUACUAAUGUUCUUGCUUUAAACGGGACGCUUGCCGAAUAUUGCCUCUCAGAUAUUGAGCAGAUUUUGGUGGGGCAGGGUGCAAAUGAACGUCUUAAACACAUAUGCAGAGUUCAUCCAGCCAAUCUCACUGAAGGGUCUUGUCCGGCCAAAGAUGUUAGUGAAUUUGAGACCACUGUCGAUACGUCUAAGUUGCUUGCUGCCUGUAAUAAAAUUGAUCCUGUGAAAGAAUGCUGCAAUGCAAUCUGCCAGAAUGCCAUUUCAGAAGCCGCGACAAAGUUAGCAAUGAUAUCUACAGAUUUCUUGGGUAUGCCUGGAUCUCAAGUCUUGCCCGAACAGUCCGCCAGGGUUCGUGAUUGUAAAACUAUUGUCCUCCGAUGGCUGGCGAGCAAACUUCACCCUGCUAAUGCCAAGGAAGUUCUUAGAGUACUGUCCAAUUGCAAUGUUAACAAAGUGUGUCCAUUGGAAUUCCCCGACAUGAAAUAUGUUGCCGAUGCUUGCGGGAAUGCGAUCUCUAACAAGACAGGGUGCUGCCUGGCCAUGGAAAGCUAUGUAACGCAUCUGCAAAAGCAGAGCCUCGUCACCAACCUACAGGCUUUGGAUUGUGCUACAUCAUUGGAAAUGAAACUACGAAAGUCGAAUAUCACGAAGAACGUGUACGACCUAUGCCAUAUAAGCCUUAAGGAUUUCUCCCUCCAAGUUGGAAAUCAAGAGUUUGGAUGCCUUCUACCAAGCCUGCCUUCAGAUGCCAUAUUUGAUCCAUCAUCAGGGAUCAGCUUUGUUUGUGAUUUGAAUGACCAUAUUCCAGCUCCAUGGUCUUCUUCAACUCAAAUGACAGCUUCAUCAUGCAAUAAGACUAUCAAAAUUCCUGCACUUCCCGCAGCAGCAUCUGCUCAAAGUGGCCUUUACAACGAUGGUGUGGUACAUGUGUUGCUCAUUGCUAUCUCAGUGGCCCUCAUGAUACUCAUCUAGCUUAUUUAUUGCUAUCUUUGGAGAAGACUGUUGUCAAGUCAUCAUCUAAAACAAGGAUGUUCAUGUUCAAUGAAGCUUAUGACGAAGUCUUGUAUCCUCAGAAGUUUGAUCCUUGUGAAUAGUCUUAGAUGUUCUGAAUGUGGUAGAAAUUUGAGUUGGAAAAAUGGUUCCCAAAUUCCUAAUUUGUUCAUUCUUGCUGUCAAUGUAAUAAAAAAGUUUUGUAAAGAUAUAUUAGGAAAGCUGAGCAAAGUGGUGCAACAUUUCAGAUUUCGUUGUAUAUUUGGAUUUCUAUCCAACAUGAACAUAGCUCAAUAGUGAUUGACGUGUAGUCUUUCUCUUA